AUGACAUCUGCAUCAGCGUCUCCUUUUCCUUUUCCGCCAACUUACAACUUCCCACCCUUCUUCACGCCGCAACCUAAUACAAACACCCGCCAGUCACAGCUGCAGAAAUGGUCCUCGCUCAUUCAAUCCUGGUGUCGGCACCACCGUCAAUUCCGGCUCUCGCUGAUAGAUGCGGUUGAAACACCUUUAUUCCACAACGCAGCUUUGCGCAAGCGUCUUGAUCUGCGCGAGGCCCGCGCGGUGGUGGAUUGGAUGAGUAAGAGCGAGGAAGAGGGCGGCGGUGGGCGGCGAGCGGAGUGGAUUGCUGAGGGGUCAGCGCAGGGCAAGGCUGUUGCGUGGAUUUGGUGGAGGAGGCCUGAAGAGUGGGCGGAUGUGUUGGUGGAGUGGGUGGAUGGCACUGGGCAGCGGGGAACGGUUUUGACGGUUUAUGAGUUGAUCGAGGGAGAUGUGACCAUGUCGCAAGAGUUCCAUGGCAUGGAUACAGAUGUUAUGCUACGCUCGCUGAAUGUGCUUGUUAAAAGAGGCAAGGCGCAGAUCUUCGGUGAUGCGGGCCAGGAGGGUGUGAAGUUCUUUUGA